AUGCAAUUUCUUUGGUUUGUGAUAUUUCUAGUACAAUGUUUUUUAAGUAUUAAUGCUAAAUGGGUACGUGAUGUUGAUUCCAAAAUUAUCGACGAAAUUAAACAAAAUCCGUCCAUUGCUUAUUUAAUUCAAUUUCAUGCACCAUGGUGUGGACAUUGUCGAAAGUUUGAACCUGUUUAUGAAGAAAUAGCGAAAGAAAUCUAUGAUUUAUCAUCAACAGUUGAUGAAUUUAAAAAUAUUCGUAUUGUACGUAUUGAUGCUACUGUUUAUACUGAUGUUGCUAAUCGGUAUGAUGUACGUGGUUAUCCAACAAUAAAAUUUGUUCGUGGUCCACAAGUAUUUGCUUAUGAAAAUGAACGAGCAAAAACAGCUGUUUUAGAAUUUUUACGACGUGUCAAUGGUCCGGCACUACGUUGGUUACCAUCAAUUGGAAAAUUUAAUGAAAUACGUCGUGAACAUGAUGUUUUCUUUUUAUUUGUUACAACAAAUCAUGAUGAAAAUGACAAUUUAUUUAAUCAAUAUAAAGAUAUUGUUAAUCGAUAUUUAAGUCAAACUUAUUUUUAUGCAACGAAUGUUUCAAUUAUUCAACAAACCUAUUUUUCAAAAUAUAAAACCGAUGCUAAAUCACAAAUAUUUGCUAUUAAAAAUGAAGGAUUUUAUUUAUAUAAACCUGAAGAUUAUAAUAAUAAUUUAGAUGAAUUUAUUAUUAAAGAAAAAGUUGCGACUUUUCCACAAGUUGCAUCUGGAAAUAUACAUGAUUUAAUUGUAACAAAACGAAUUGUGAUUAUUUAUGCAUUUAAAGAUCAACAUGAAUUAGUUGCACAAAAACAAAAAAGAAAUGAAUUGAAAACUCAAAUGCGUGCUUAUGUUAUGAAACAUAUAUCAACACUUCGUGAUACAUUCCAAUUUUCAUGGUCAAAUGAUCUUGAUUUACUUAGUAAUAUAGCUGUAUGGACACUUGAUGAACCAUUAAUCUUUCUUUAUGAUAGUGUUAUACAUAAAUAUGGUAUUUAUCCAUUAUCAUCAAUGAUUGAUAGUAAUAUUCAAUUGGAGCCUAUACUUGAUUAUAUUAUUAAAAAUUCUACGGAAAUAAUUCAAUAUUCAGGUGAUACAUGGCCUAAACGUAUAUUUCGUCCAUUUUGGGAAUUAUAUCGAACAAUAAUAUCAAUGUUUAUUGAAGCACCAUUUAUAUCUAUGCUUAUUAUUGGUAUUCCAGCAUCUGUUAUAUCAUUAAUAUGUUAUUGUUUAUGUUGUUCAUCGAGUGAUAAUUCGUCAAAUAAAUCAAAGAAUCCGAAGAAAAAACGAAAAGAUGGACAAAUUACUGAACAAGAUGAGGAUGAACAACAAAGUUUAAAUGAAGAUGAAGAUGAUGAAUAUGAAGAACGUAUUGUUCAAGUUGAACCAAGAUUUAUUGAAAAAUUUAUUAAACCGCCUGAUGCACGUGAUAUACCAACAUGGCCUAUCAUGCCAGAUGAUAGUCAAAAAUCAAUUAGUGAAAAAAAACGAGAUUAA